UGAAAAAAAAAAAAAACAAUUCUUAGUUUCUUUAUAAAAUGCUCUCUUCCUCUCAUUUCUACUUCCCCUCUAGCAGUUGAUGUCAAAAAAGGGACUAAGAAGAAAAGAAAAUAAGCAACAAACUUUCUCCGUUUUUAUUUUUUUCUCCCAUAAUGUCAAGCAGAAGGUCAUCAUCAUCAUCAAGAUCAGCAGCUUCAAAACCCACAGAUGAUGAAAUUAAUGAGCUCGUCUUGAAACUACAAACAUUGUUGCCACUACUAAGGCACAAUUCAACGGUAGCAGAAGCAUCAACAAUUUUGGAAGAAACUUGCAGUUACAUCAAGAGGCUGAGAAGAGAAGUUGAUAACCUGAGUGAAAGACUUUCUCAGCUCAUGGAUACUGCUGACAUUACUCAAGUUGAGGUUAUUAGAAAAUUACUGCAAGAUUAAUAAAAUAUUUUAAGCGUCUUUCUUUUCCUUUCUCUCUCUAUUUGUUUCCGUAUUUUAACAGAGAGGUUAUUUGGUCAGAACCAGAACUCCAUCCAGUGAAAUAUAAAUACUAUAUAUGAUAUCAGACGAGCUUAUAUUAUAUCAUUUCAGUUCAGUCUAUCAUUCUCAUCCU